AGUUCGAAAGAUUUGGAGCUUCUGAGGAUGGCGAAUAAACAUUUCUUCCAGCCUCUUCUUCCUGGCUUCCACAGCCACUUGACUAUUCCUGUAGCUUUCUUCUCAAAUUAUAUGAAAGGAAGAAAUGAGCAGAAGAAGACUACGGCGAAGCUCAGGUCAGACGCCUCGAAGAUAACCUGGGAAGUGAAGAUCGAAGAUGGCCGGAGACUCACUGAUGUUUGCUCUCGCACACACGAUCUUCGAAUCGGUGACAUUGUCAUUUUCAGACAAGAGAAAGACAUGGCUUUCCACGUCACAUUCAUGGGACCAAGUUGCUGUGAGAUUCAAUAUGAGCCGUGUGUAGACGACGAGAACAAGCUCGGUGAGUUGAUUUAUUCUUCUUUUGAGUAUUUUCAAGUAGAGAUAUUUGGAAAUUCAAAAGAAGAUGAAAGUGAAAAAGAAUCCAGAAAGAGACAGAUUCUUCUUGUUUUGUGGCUAAAGUCUCGCAUGCGAGCAUACGUAACGACAAACUGGUAUUACUUACUAGUCAAGAUUUGA